AUGAGUACCAUACAAAGUCUCAAGAAUUUCAUACGUCAUGGCAAACAAGCCCGCCUGGUGACGCCGCAUGCCGAACCCACCACCAAUGUCUCUCCCAUUCAUGCCGAACAACAACGUCAACCCCAGGGCUCCUACCCUCCCGCUGCUGGCAACCUGGAUGCCAUUGACAGCAGAAUGGGCAACGGCCAGGCUCAGCCGUCCCAGAAGAAUUCCGACCAGACCCGCCGCGCGCGCGAGGCCGAACUCGAGCAGAUUAUCGCAGAGGAAAAGAGCAGUCGCAACAAAAUGCCCCGAUACCCCGGCCUCGAACGUUAUACCCUCGUCGAGAAGAUGGGCGAUGGCGCUUUCAGUAACGUCUAUCGCGCCAGGGAUAGCACCGGCGAAUAUGGCGACGUGGCCAUCAAAGUCGUCCGGAAGUUUGAAAUGAAUAGUAAUCAGUCAUCCGCCCAUCUACAUCCCGGGUUGAAGAAGAAACCCAAAGCUACAGAGCGUGCCAAUAUCCUGAAAGAAGUCCAGAUUAUGCGCCAGCUAGAUCACCCGAAUAUCGUCAAACUGGUCCAGUUUUCCGAGUCGCGCCAAUAUUACUACAUCGUGCUGGAACUCUGCCCUGGUGGCGAGUUGUUCCAUCAGAUCGUGCGAUUGACCUACUUCAGCGAAGACCUUAGUCGCCACGUCAUUCUUCAAGUUGCCAAGGCCAUUGAGUAUCUUCAUGAGACAUCCGGUGUCGUGCAUCGUGACAUUAAACCCGAAAAUCUUCUCUUCUACCCCAUCGACUUCAUCCCGAGCAAAAACCCCAAACCUCGUCAACCUGGGGACGAGGACAAGGUCGAUGAAGGCGAAUUCAUUCCCGGAAAAGGCGCCGGCGGCAUUGGUGUGAUUAAGAUCGCCGAUUUUGGUCUGUCCAAGGUCAUCUGGGACAGCCAAACUAUGACGCCCUGUGGAACUGUCGGCUACACCGCGCCCGAGAUUGUCAAGGAUGAGAGAUACUCGAAGAGUGUUGAUAUGUGGGCUCUGGGCUGCGUUCUCUACACCCUCCUCUGUGGCUUCCCGCCUUUCUAUGACGAGAGCAUCCAAGUUCUCACCGAGAAGGUCGCGCGUGGCCAAUAUACUUUCUUGUCGCCGUGGUGGGACGAUAUCUCCAAGUCGGCGCAGGAUUUGAUCUCCCAUCUGUUGACGGUCGACCCGGAGAAGCGGUACACGAUCAAGCAAUUUUUGGAGCAUCCGUGGAUUCGUCAGACCGACGAAGCAACCGAAGCAGCUGCAGAUGCUCCGCCUCUGGCAACCCCGCUAACCACCCGCAAGACACAACAACUGGACGCCUUCGCGGCCGAUCAAGCGCCCUAUGCCCCGGCCAGCGCCCGUCUCUUGGACCCAGCUUCUGCCGGCCUCGAGCGUCCCAUGGACUUCCGCUCUCCUGGUGCGAUCAACUUGCGCGAGGUCUUCGACGUGGGUUAUGCCGUUCACCGGCAGGAAGAAGAAGGCAAGCGGCGCAAGAACUUCCGCCAAGGGUAUCGUGGUGCGAACCCGUCUACAGCAUUCCAGUCUGCGCUUAAUCCGUUGAACGAAGACUACGACGAGGCUGAAGAGAUCACCUACCAACCUCUUCCUCGGGAAGAUUUCCCUCCGGCUAAGAUUCCCAAAGCCUCCCAGCAAGCCAGUGACGUAGCGGCCAUGGAGGCAAAACUUCGAUCGACGAACCUGGGCGCGCCCAGCCACGCCGCGCAAGCGCGCCAAGCGCACCAGCCCCGACAGCAGCAAGGAUACGGCCAGCACAGCGCCAAGGUGGCAGCCGCUGCGAAGCAGAGCAUUGCGCGGGGUGCGCGGGAGCCCUUCGAGCUGAGUCUCGACAACGCCACCUUAUUAGAAAAGAGAGGUCGACGACAACAGGGCCAGGUUGCUUAA